AGUGGGUAAGCUAAAGGAAUAACAAAACAUAAGAAUAAAACGCGAAUUAUUAAACGGGUUUAUGUUAAAAUGAUUUCCGGGGGCAUUGAACGCUCGUGGAUCUCAUAGAAAGCGGUAGGCAGCUAGCAGCGUGAACAGAUCGUGUCGCAAAGGGAGCAGACUAUGCCUUUCCUGCACGGCUUCAGGAGGAUCGUGUACGAGUACCAGCCGCUGGUGGAUGCCGUGAUGUGCGUCCUGGGGAUAGAAGGAGAAAACCGGCGCGGCUCCGCAAACCAGGCCGCGGUCGUGACCGAAUUGAGCGAACUGCGUUUCGAGCGUCCCGCCUUCGACGGGGAGGAGGACGAGGAAAGCGUCUCCGGGGCUCUGGCGGAGCUGCUGGACAGAGAGUCUCAGUCUCCCGUCUUCACGGAGGGAAUCAGCUACUCUCUUUUCCGGGUGGCCGAUCUCGGGUUGGUCGGCGCGGGACAGGUGCUCCUGCGGUACGGCGCCGAUCUCAACUUUGAAGAUCCCGUGUCGUACUACAACCCUUUACACAUCGCGGUGUUGAGGAACAAGCCAGACAUGGUGCGGAUGCUGAUAUCUCACGGAGCUGAAAUCGAAAAGAGGGACAGGAUUCACGAAAGCAGCCCUCUUGAUCUGGCCAGCGAGGAGGUGGAUAAGCUGCCCUGUCUGCGUGUGCUUCUGGAUUUGGGUGCUGAUGUGAAUUCAAAAGAUAAGAAUGGAAAAACCGCGCUUCUUCAUGCUCUGGCCAGCAGUGAUGGACUCACGGUUAAUAAUGUGGACAAUAUACAGCUGCUUCUAGAAAGAGGUGCAGAUGUGAACGCCACCACACAUGACGGCGAGACGCCCAUGUCCUCGCUCACGUUCCUGGUGAAGGAGGCUCUGGACAGCAGCGCGGAGGAUGCCAAGGAGAUAGGGCACUUCUGUACCCGGGUGUCACAUCUUCUGAUCAGCCACGGCGCAGAUCCCAGCUGCUGCCUGAACGCUACCGACGGGGAAGUGUGGGAGCAUUCACUAACCCAAACCAGCCUGGAGAACUUCGACCUGCUGUUUCCCCUGACCGUCCUUCUCCUCCGGCACGGCGCCUCCUUCGUCUGCUCUCACCGCAGCGCCUCCUACUGGACGGGUCAGCAGCUGAUCUUCACGCGUCUCGCUGAAGCUCUCCGGGAAGCUUUAGACGCUGCCGAGGCGGCUGAUGUUUUAGCUAAAGCUGAAGUGCUGCUGGAUCUGGCCAGGAUCUGCUCCCCAGUCGUUCCUCCUCUCUUCUCCCGCUCGCAGCUGCCCGCGCUGGACCAGGUGUCUACCCAUGAGCCCCUGCUGGAGCUCUACAGCAGACUGGAGGAACAAGAAAGGCGUCCGCUUCCGCUGAGGUGCCUUUGCAGGAGGCUCAUCCGCCGCUGUCUGCGUCCCUGGCCCUUUGAGGAGAAGGUGAAAGCCCUGCCGCUGCCAGACAGAUUGAAGGACUCGCUGCUCCCAGAAAACAGCUGGAGGGACCGAGCCGGCUGGGACAGAUUCAAACCUCGACGUUCUCCGCGCUGAGAGACGCGCGUGCUUGUAAACAUGGAGCCUUUAACGAUCACUGCAUUUAUUAAAACUCAGAUAAAAGUGACUCUGUGCCUGCCUCAUUUGAUCGACCUGAAGAAAGAUCAUUUCUCUAGUGAUCUGAGAACGAGAAAGUAAUACAAAUCAAUAUAAGUGUUAUAAAUAUCAUGCAAGUGAUGUGACGAGGUGUUUUCUGUGUCAAAAUAACAGUGACUUCACUUUAUUACAUAUUACUUGAUUUUGUAGUCUAUCUGUAUAUAUUUUUCAAUAUGAAAACUGAUAAUUGUUUACAGUUAAAUCUUUAAUAUGUACAGCUUCACUGCCGUAUGUGCAUUUUUUUGUUAUGCGUGUUUCUAUUUAAGCUGAUUUGGAAUCAGAUCUGUCUGCAUUUUCUUUAUUUUCACUUGUGAUGUUCUGAAUGUGCCUUAACAAGACCGUCCUUGUAGUUGUAGUAAUAAAGAAAUGUCUUGCACUGUA